AUGUCUGCAACAAUUCCAAAGGCUGAAAUUCAAACUCCUAGCUCCAUGGAAAGUAGUCUGACAUCACCUGGUUCUUUAGGAAUUAUGGGCAGUAGCAGUGAAAGGGAAGAUUUUCAAAAGAGUUUGCUGUGUAUUAAAGAUGAAGAACAUUCUAAAUGUUCUACAACUCCUGAAAGUUCAGCUAUAGUUUCGCCUCCUGCACGCUCAAGCAGUACACCUGUUGUUACUGGGGCUGCUUCCUCUACAGCAGCAAUAACAAGUUCUACAAGCAGUCCUGCAGCACUUACAACAGUGCGCUCACCCAUUAAUUUAGAAGGUGCCGCCAGUUUUAUGCCAAACAUGCGAGCAAAAAAUGGUUGGUUUGAUGGAUUAUUAGUGUGUCUACGUCCAGUAUGGGGUAUUUUAGGAAAGGCAGCUGGUGCAGAUCAUAGUGAUGCUGAUGAAUGGGAGAUACCAUUUGAAAAUAUUCAGGAUUUGCAAUGGGUUGGAAGUGGUGCCCAAGGUGCAGUAUUUUUAGGAGAACUGGAGGGAGAGCUUGUUGCUGUAAAGAAAGUUCGUGAAAAGGAAGAAACAGAAAUAAAACACUUACGACAUCUCAGACACCCUAAUAUCGUCACUUUUAAAGGAGUAUGCAUUCAAUCACCUUGUUACUGUAUAAUCAUGGAAUUUUGCCCAUAUGGACAACUAUAUGAAAUGUUGCGGAGUGACAGAGAUAUACCUCCUGAUAAAACCUUGGAUUGGUGCAGACAAAUUGUUUCUGGAAUGGAAUACUUGCAUCAAAAUAAAAUAGUUCACAGAGAUCUCAAGUCUCCUAAUGUGCUAAUUAGCAUGAACGAAGUGCUGAAAAUUUCUGAUUUUGGAACUUGUCGACAAUUGAAUGACAUCAGCACUAAAAUGUCAUUUGCUGGUACAGUAGCAUGGAUGGCUCCAGAAGUCAUACGUCACGAUCCGUGUUCAGAGAAAGUUGAUGUUUGGUCAUUUGGUGUUGUUUUGUGGGAAUUAUUGACCAGGGAAAUUCCAUAUAAAGAUGUUGAUUCCUCGGCUAUUAUCUGGGGUGUUGGGAAUAACAGCCUGCAUUUACCUGUACCUGAUUCAUGUCCUGAAGCUUUUCGAAUUUUAUUGAAGCAGUGCUGGAGCUCCAAACCCAGAAAUCGUCCUUCUUUCCAUCAUAUUCUUUUGUAUAUGGAUACUGCUGCUCGAGAGUUAGCAGAUGUAUCAAAAGAAAAGUUUCUUCAAAACCAGGCAAAAUGGAGACGCGAAAUUGAUGAGUAUAUGCAAAACUUUCAAGAUAAAGAUAGCAGGGUUCCUCUUGUUGAAGAAGAUCUUGUUAAACAAAGAAGGGAAGAAUUGCGCCAUGCACAAGACAUACGUGAACAUUACGAGAAAAAGCUAGAACGAGCCAACAAUCUUUAUAUGGAACUAGCUACAUGCUUAUUGCAAUUGGAACAACGAGAAAGAGAACUUGUGCAACGAGAAGAAAAUCUUCAUGAGUGCUCUAAACAGGGUGACAAAGACUACAAAAAACAUAUUGUGAGACCUUUGCUUCGGGCUCAUGAAAGGUUGACAAAGAAACGUUCUUUGAAGUCUUCACAAACUCAAAAGAGCCCUGAAGAAACUUCUUCAGUACCUCAAGCUAAAAAGGCUGCACCUCAACUUUAUGUAGCAGAUCCUGCUGUAGGACAUUUUCCUGGACAAUCAGCUGUAUACGUAGCAGAGAUUCCUCCAAAACAAGAUUUUGAAAUUUUCUGUGAUGAGCAUUCGCCAAAUUCGUACUCCUAUUGCAGAAAUUCUGCCUCCUCAAAAUGCAACUCCUCUGCACGAUCAGCAAUCAUUUUAAACAUGGAACAAAACUUACUGAAUCAGGAUUCAGAUCCGUCUUGCAAUCCUCAUCCUCGGCCGAGCAACGUCGAAGUCAUCAAGAACAGGCUUUCUGGUAACCCCAGGCAUUGUAAUUGGGAUCUGUUUGACUCUGAGGAAAGUUAUCCAUCAGUUAAAGUUCCUAAUUGGCAAAAUGAUGCACAGUGUUUUGCAAUUCCGAAGAAAUUCUGUGCAGAAGAAGAGCUUGUGCAACAUCCUGAUGGUUUAAAUUUUUAUGCAGAUGAUGCUUCUAAUGGAAAUGGACCUCCUAAUCUCAGGGUGAGUGCGAUUAUGGACAGCAGAAUUCCAUUUACCUACUGUGUUGGAGGAUCUUUAGAGAGCUUAAAGCAACCAAACAGGCUUCGAAAUUUUCCUAGAGCUGUGCCUGGAAUACCUGUGAGGCAUGUUGGUGGCAGUUAUAAUGAUAUUUACCGGGUACAGGAAUCUGAAAGAGAUUUACGUACAAAUAAUUCAACCCUGCAUGAUGUUGACGGGAAUAUUUUGAAGAAAAGAUGGUAUGAUACAGAGAUAUCACCUCAGGAAAAACAUUUUGAAAAUAGAUUUCCACCUCCUUCUGAUGUACUUCGAGGCAUUUCAGAUCUUCAUGUAUCAGACUCCCUAACUCCUCAAGUACACAGACAUUUAAGAAGGCACACAAUGGUCGACCCUACAGUUGUUUUGUAUGGAAAUCGGGAAGAUUUGGAAUUAAAUCGCAUUAAUAGGAAUUCUCUGCCACCUUCGUGUACAGUGCCUGUAGAUGACAGUCAUGAUUGCAUUCCAUUGGCGACUUCUAUAUGGUAGCACUGAGUAGU